AUGGCCUAUAAUCGCUCUGCACCGGGUGGAGAUGAGGUGGCGCUGUACGUGGGUAUCGUCAUGGCGGUGGUCAUGUGUCUGAUUGUCUCUUCUAUCGUGGCACUGCUUGUGUACCGCAAAACUCAUCGGCGCUUUCACUCUGACAUCAUCGACUCGUCUGUGCUGAACGGAGGAUUCCAGCCUGUCAGCAUCAAACAAGCACGCUCAGCGGAUUUGCUGGCCGCAACCCCUGAUCUGUCCACAGCGGCGGCGCUGUAUCGCGGUCCAGUAUAUGCCCUCCACGACAUCUCAGACAAAAUCCCCAUGACCAGCUCCCCUCUGCUGGAGCCGCUGCCGCUUCCCAACCUCAAGAUCAAAGUCUACAACUUCUCUGGCACAGUGACCCCUCAGGAGGACGUGACCUCUGACCUCUCUGCCACCCUGUCCCCCAAAGUCACACACACUCUUCUGGAAAGCAACCCCAUGACCCCACGCAACCAGACGCUGGCACGCGCACGGGACCCCACGUGUACGGCGUUAGGGUCGUUUAACACGCUGGGAGGUCAUCUGAUCAUACCCAGCUCAGGUGUGAGUUUGUUGGUUCCAGCUGGUGCGAUUCCCCAAGGUCGCGUCUAUGAGAUGUUUGUGUCCGUACAAAGGACAGAGAGCAUGAGGCCAGCGGUCAGUGACGGGGAGGCUGUGCUCAGCACUGUGGUCAGCUGCGGUCCCGCGGGCGCCCUGUUGACCCGUCCCGUCAUCCUCACUCUCCACCACUGCGCACACGCCCACUCUGACAACUGGCAAAUCAUCCUCAAGAGCCACACGCAGCAGGAACAGUGGGAGGACGUGGUCGUGGUUGGAGAGGAGAACUUCACAACUUCCUGUUACGUGCAGCUGGGGGAGGAGGCGUGUCACAUCCUGACCGAGACUCUCGGAUCCUACUGUCUGAUUGGCCAGAGCGUCUGUCCGUCAGCGGCUAAACGAAUCAAGCUGGCCGUGUUUGGUCCUGUAGUCACAGCAGGUCUAGACUAUCACAUCCGAGUGUACUGCCUUGACGACACGCAGGACACGCUCAAAGAGGUGCUGCAGAUAGAAAAACAGAUCGGUGGGAAACUGCUGGAUGAACCAAAGUCUCUGAUCUUCAGUUACAGCAAGCACAACCUGAGACUGUCAAUACAUGACAUUCACUCGCAGUGGAAGAGCAAACUACUCACCAAAUACCAGGAGCUGUCUUUCUCUCAGGUGUGGAGUGGAUCGGUGCGUCGGCUGCAUUGCUCCUUUACUCUGGAGCGUCAGAGCGUGAGCGUAUGUGAGCUGUGCUGCAAGCUGUGCGUCAGACAGGUGGAGGGAGAAGGGCAGAUCUUCCAGCUCUACACCACCCUGAGCGAGGUACAGUAACACGCCCCCUGUUGUCCAGCUCGGACGUCUUUAGGUCCUUGAUGUUAUCACAAACUCAUCUGUUAUGCUGUUAUGCCUCGAUUCCUCUUGCAGGUAAUGAAUUCCAUCUCCCAAUUUAUUUCCGUCACUCUUUUAUAUUAUUUCCAAGCUUGUUGCAAUGCAUUCUGGAAUAGGGUGACCAGACGUCCCCGUACAGCAGGUUCAAAACAAAUACAUUGCAAAAAAAUCCAUCCAUACAGUAACCCGCUGGUUAUCAGAGCAAUCAUGUAGUGAUUAUUUUCAAAAAACAGAGGGCGCUGCGAGCUACGCUGAUGACUUGGUUGCACACACUACUUUAGCUAUGAAGAAUAUAACUUGGAUGAGAACAGAGCGCUAUUAUAAUCAGUUAUCAAAAAAAUGUUAUGCUUUCAAGCCAGUUACAUACUAACUAUUCAUGUUAAAGAGGUCAUAUGACGUUGCUAAAAAGAACAUUAUUUUG